GAGAAAAUAACGGAUUCCGCUCUGCUCUCCGGCGACACAACUUAUCCGCAGUCCAGACCCCGACAGCCGGGACUGGAGGGGGAAAACCUGGGAACACAACGAUCGACCUUUCCGCAACGUUAAAUCGUGUUCACCUGUUAGCUAAACUGCGGAGUAAUGAUCAUCGGGGGGCGGGUAGGCAGCUGACUGGAUAAACAGACUAACGUUACACCGCCCGCCCUGUCGAUACAGAAAAUAAAACAAACGCAGCAUAUCAUCUGCUAGAAGAGGGCCAGCCGCUUCAUUUUUCUCUCCGCGACAAACGAUAACAUCAGCGGGAAGUGGUGGAAACUUGUCGUUGGCUCUCUGUUCUCGAACAAGCAGCCAUCGAUAUGUCAAAAUACACAAGCUUCCCAGAGCCGAUGGACGACCAAAAUCCUUUCCAGGACCCUGCAGUGACUCAACACAGCAGCAACACAGGAUAUGCCACACUGGACCUGUACAACCCAUUUGAUAAUACGACUGGGCCUCCACCACCGUAUGAAGCCACCUCUCCCUCUGCUCCAUCUGUGCCUGCACAGACUCCACCCAGCAGGACAACGCCCACUGAGCCUCGCAACUAUGGCUCCUAUAACUCCCAGACUGCAGUGAAUGCUACCACAGCAGAACUCCUGAGGAAGCAGGAGGAGCUGGAGAAGAAAGCCCGGGAGCUGGAGAGGAGAGAGAGGGAGCUGGAGUCACACAGCCUGGGACCUGGAGCCUCCCGUCAGAAUAACUGGCCCCCGCUGCCUUCAUUCUGCCCUGUUGGCCCCUGCUUCUACCAGGACAUCAGUGUGGAGAUCACUCAGCGCUUCCAGCGCACCGUCACCAUCAUGUACUACUUCUGGAUGUUCUGCACUUGCACGCUGCUCUUCAACCUGAUCUCCUCCCUGGCCAUGUUCUGUGUGGACCCCUCCGGUGGUGUCGGCCUGGGCCUCGCCAUCCUCUGGGCUCUGCUCUUCACCCCCUGCUCCUUCGUCUGUUGGUACCGACCUGUGUACAAAGCCUUCAGGAGUGACAGCUCCUUCAAUUUCUUUGUCUUCUUCUUCGUUUUCUUUGCCCAAGUGGUCGUCUACGUCAUCAUGACUAUCGGUAUCCCUGGAUGGGGUUUCAGCGGGUGGAUCGUGAGCCUGGCUGCUCUGAAGACCAGCGUCCCCGUCGGUGCGAUCAUGAUGAUGAAUGCCAUCCUCUUUACUGCUCAAACCGCCAUGGGGGUUGUCAUACUGAAGAAGGUCCACAGUCUGUACAGGCAGACCGAUGCCAGCUUUCAGAAGGCCCAGGCCGAGUUCGCCACCGGAGUCAUGUCCAAUCAGGCUGUACGCCAGGCGGCUACCACCGCCGCCCAGGGGGCCUUCACCGCACCUCGAUAGAGGGCGACGAGAGGGGUUGGGAGGCUGAGAAGCUGAGGAGGAGGAGGGCCCUUUCAGAUUGAUAGAGGAUCACUUUGGUAUUUAUUUCCCCACAGGUGAUUAGAGUUUUUUAUUUUUUUUUUUGGGGGGGGGGGACUGGGUCCAUGUAAUUACCCCCGAGCGACUGAAAGCAUGACACAGAAGUGGGGGUUGUCUAAUUUCUAAAGGUGUACAGGACAAGUUAGCUACAUUGCCAAACUGGGAGUCAACAACUCGUGUUGAAUCAAAAUUUAAAGAGUUGUGAAAACAGUAAGAUGUGAUAAUGUGGAGCUGUAUGCACUUCAGCUCAGUUGUGCGAGGUGUCAGGUAAAAUAGAAACACGCCAAUACAACGUGCAUCAGUGAAUGCAGGGAAAAUGCUUCUUUUCUUCUUUUUUUUUUCUCUUCAAGCUGUGUGCCAAGUGUGGCGGCUCUCUGGAUUCUCCCUGUUUUUGAAUGACGUGGAUGUACAUUAUGUUUAUGAGGAGCCAUGUUUGAGACAGAGAGUUGGAGCUGAACACUGAAAAGUUGCCAUUCUAACAUUUGAUCCACAGCUGAGUGGCUCGACUUUGGCCAACGCUAUUUUGUCGUUGUUGUUGUUGUCGUCGUUGUUGUUGCUUAAGUGUAAACUAACAAGUUGUUUUGUUAUUAUUUCAAAUGAGAAUGCCUAUUUACUUUAUUGCCAAAACCUCUCAUACUGUAAAGAUUAUGAACAUGUGUUGUUUCGGUUAUAAAUAUAUCUGUCACUGUUCUGUUGGUGUUGCUCGUGGUUCUUCUUAUUACAAGUCACUAUCUUGGUUUUAAUAAAAUAUAUUGCCAUGCUUA